CUCAGACUCAGACGAGGAUAUUGAUAGCAGUUCAAAGUCUGCGGUCUACUCAGCAUCUUCUUCCUCCAGUGGUGAACUCUAUGAUAAAAACAACAAACCUAAAGGUCGUGAACGUCGAAACGGUGCUGGUGGACUAGGCGGUCGUGGAAAAG